GGGAAGCACCCACCCAGCAGACAGCUUGGGGAGACUCUGGGGUUCCAGCUAUGGAUCCUGGCUGGGGGGCAGGAAGUGGGAAUCGCAAAGCCAGUGGGUAGAGGUGUCCGUAUGACACGAUUGCUUAACCUUCCAAGUACCUACCAGGGUGAAGAAGAAGUAGCCCAGCCAGGUGCUGAGCUGAGGGCAUGAAAAUGGAGGAGCGCAGCAAAUGAAAAUGCAGCAGCAGCAACCACUGCCGCAGCAGCAACAGCCGCAACCGCAGCCGCAGCAGCCGCAGCAAGUUAGCAACUGAGCAAUAGAGUCUGACGGCUACUCAUUUCGCAGUAUUACUGCUUCUUGCAACCCUGUGAGGGUCAUGUAACUGCGGCGACAGCUGGUUCUCACUACCUCCUCUCUCUCCUUUACCCGGCUAACUCCUGUAUGCUACGAGCGACAAGAUGAAGAAGCAGUUCAAUCGGAUGCGCCAGCUUGCCAACCAGACCGUAGGCAGGGCAGAAAAGACUGAAGUUCUAAAUGAAGACCUUCUUCAGGUGGAGAAGCGCUUGGAGCUGGUGAAACAAGUAUCACAUAGCACUCACAAGAAGCUGACUGCAUGUCUCCAAGGACAACAAGGAGUAGAAGCUGAUAAACGAUCAAAAAAGUUACCUUUGACAGCACUGGCUCAGUGUUUAAUGGAAGGAUCAGCCAUCUUGGGGGAUGAAACUCUCCUUGGGAAGAUGCUGAAAUUAUGUGGUGAAACAGAGGACAAACUAGCCCAGGAGCUUAUCCAUUUUGAAUUACAAGUAGAGAGAGAUGUGAUUGAGCCACUGUUUGUGCUGGCAGAGGUAGAAAUUCCAAAUAUUCAAAAGCAGAGGAAGCAUUUAGCAAAGUUAGUGCUGGACAUGGAUUCUUCACGAACAAGGUGGCAGCAGACCUCCAAAUCUUCAGGUUUGUCCAGCAACUUGCAGCCAUCAGGUGCCAAAGCUGAUGCCCUCAGGGAAGAAAUGGAGGAAGCCGCAAACCGAGUGGAGAUAUGCAGGGACCAGCUCUCAGCUGAUAUGUACAGUUUUGUGGCCAAAGAAAUUGACUAUGCAAACUACUUUCAAAUGUUGAUAGAAGUGCAAGCAGAAUACCAUAGGAAGUCAUUAAUGCUAUUACAGAAUGUUUUGCCUCAGAUAAAAGCACAACAGGAGGCAUGGGUAGAAAAACCAUCCUUUGGGAAGCCCUUGGAGGAGCACCUGGCAGUCAGUGGAAGGGAAAUUGCAUUCCCUAUUGAAGCAUGUGUGACAAUGCUUCUUGAAUGUGGAAUGCAAGAGGAGGGCCUUUUUAGAGUGGCUCCCUCUGCUUCUAAACUGAAAAAGCUGAAAGCUGCUCUGGACUGCUGUGUACUGGAUGUGCAGGAAUACUCAGCUGACCCUCAUGCCAUUGCAGGAGCUCUAAAGUCUUAUCUCAGAGAGUUGCCAGAACCUCUCAUGACCUUUGAACUGUAUGAAGAGUGGAUUCAGGCUUCCAACAUCCAGGAUCAAGAUAAGAUGCUUCAGGCCCUGUGGAAUACAUGUGAAAAACUUCCCAAGGCCAAUCAUAACAACAUCAGAUACUUGAUCAAAUUUUUAGCUAAAUUGUCAGAAUUUCAAGACACAAACAAGAUGACCCCCAGUAACAUGGCUAUUGUACUAGGACCCAACUUGUUGUGGCCACAAGCAGAUGGGAAUAUUACUGAGAUGAUGACCACAGUUUCUCUGCAGAUCGUUGGGAUCAUUGAGCCUAUCAUCCAACAUGCUGAUUGGUUCUUCCCUGGGGAGAUAGAGUUCAAUGUCACAGGUAAUUACGGGAGCCCUAUACAUGUGAACCACAAUGCAAAUUACAGCUCAGUGCCAUCUCCUGAUAUGGACCCUCCUGAUCAGCGACAGCCUGAGCCAGCCCGGCGGCCCCUCAGUGUGGCUACUGAUAAUAUGAUGUUGGAGUUUUACAAGAAGGAUGGCCUUAGGAAAAUCCAAAGCAUGGGUGUGAGGGUUAUGGAUACAUCUUGGGUGGCCCGAAGAGGUUCCUCUGUCACCCGAAAAUCAUCCUGUACUCCACCAACUGUGCAGCCUCCUGCUCCACCUUCUGAUCUUACUGUUCCACCUCAGUCACCGGUUCCUGAGGAGUUACUUGACAUUUCAGCAACUUCUUCCCAUCCUCCAUCUAACUUUGGCUCACAAUCUAUGGCUGAGCAGACAAGCACUUUACAAAGCAAGGAGCUUUCUUCAGGGUCUGGGCAAAAGGAGAGUCAAAGCUCCACUCACGGGGUCCUCUGUGUGAGUACACAGCCAAUGACUACUCUCAGCCAGCCCCACCCAGAUCAGAGCCCUCACACACUCCGGAAAGUUUCAAAGAAGCUGGCACCAAUACCACCCAAGGUCACCUUCAGCCAGUUAGGUGGCAUGACUGACCAGUCUGCUGGCCAGCCAUCCCCAGUCAGCCUGUCUCCUACACCACCAAGUACCCCUUCUCCCUAUGGACUGAAUUACCCUCAAGGUUACUUAUUGGUUUCAGGCCAGCUUCCCCCUGCUACAACGCUCUCCCUAGCCACUCCUGUCAUCACAAGCACUUUAACCAAAUCACGGCCUACUCCUAAGCCUCGACAGAGGCCCACGCUGCCACCUCCACAGCCUCCUACAGUAAACACCUCUGGCUCUGGUUUACAGUCUGUGGACCACCUUGUUAUAGAUGGCAUGUCAUCUGGGGAAAGCAUGUCUACAGAUCUUGUCCAUUUUGAUAUCCCUUCUGUCCACGUAGAACUUGGUUCUUCACUCCACCCGGGUCUCCUGGAGCACAUGACAAGACAAUCAGGGACUGAGAAAAGAGACUCAGAGGAAGAGUCAGAAAGCACUGCCCUUUGACACUGCAGCUCCUCACCCAACACUCUUGUAUAUACACAUGCCCCCAGAAACACUUCAAGGAUGUAUGUCCAGUGCUCUUGCUAAGCAUUCUCCAUCAGCACUUUCUUCUUUCACUGCCAACGUGAAGUUGGACUUUAAAGAAAACACUGAUCUCCUAUCUAUGGCAAGUGUUGAUGACAUAGUGGUUUUGUUUGUUUCAGGUGCUUAGUUUAACCUUCUCUGAUCAUUUCCUUUUGCCUUGGUACCUAAGUGAAUUUCUGUCUUCAGUUCUGUGUGGAGUAACAUCUGACCCCUCUCCAUCCAGAUACUGCUUAUGUAAUAAGUCCUUGUUUCUAAAAGGGACAAGUUGCGCAAACUCUCUGCCAUCCAAAUAUAGGUCUAUUUCAGUCCAUGGAAGCCUACCUGUUAUUUGACUGCCCCACUCUUCCCAAGGAUAGAGAAUUCACAUCCAUAGAAAGAGCUGUUAGAUCUGAAGAUGGUAUGUUUUCCUUUAAUGACCUCAUAAUCACUUGAUCAUACCAGCUUGCUUAGUCUGGGAUCUUGUAAGCAUUUGGUUCACGAGGUAAGCUCAUGUCCAUCAACCUUGGAUCUCUCCUUACUCAAAUGUUAAAAUUGAAUAGCAAUAAUUCCGUGUCCUAACAUGUGGAAGUGGGACUAUUCCCAAAUAGAAUAGGCAAAUGCUAUAAGAUGUAUCUGCAUACUUUCUUUGAUGACAUUAAUCAUUCUGAUCAUUUGAUUACAUCAGUGACAGGGAAAAAGAGAUGAGGAAAAGGGUAUGUGAACAUUGACACGAGAGAUCAUUGCAGGGCAGAGAUUAAAAUUUUUGGCUUAAAGUUAUAAAUGGAGUGAAGAAUUAAAUUCAGGGCAUGCAUGCGAAGUCAAAGUUUAAGGUUUUAUCCUUUGAAAAAAAUAUAUACAUACUAUAAUGUUAUAUUUGUAUAUAUGAAAUCUCUAUAUUUGUUUUAUUUUAGAUGUUUCAUCUAAACUAAUGUACAAAUGUACAAUGAAAACUCAAAUGCUUUGUUAUUUUUCCCAACACAUUGUAAAAUAAUUCUUAGCAGGAUUUGCAAAUUAAAAAUGUUGUAGGCUUUGCACACUUAAAUGGCAAGUAUAGCUCAUUAUCUAGUUUGUAAAUGUAGUAAGGGGUGGGGAAAUCACCUUUAUACAUGCAUAAGUUGUCAAAAAAUAAUGUUAUUAAAAUAUUUACUGUCACUAAGUAUGGCAUACUUUAUUGUAUUUACCAAAAAAAAAAUAUGCAAGGAAUAAGUCUCAGAUUCAGUUUAUCUACAUUGGUGCCUCAGAGGAAUCAAUAGAUGUAGGUUUUACACCCAGAAUUGCAUUACCUAGCUGUGAGAUUUGGGCACAAAUUCUGAAACUUCUGUCCUGAUUCCCUAUCUAUAAAAAAAGGAAGAUAGAAUUACCUGCCCUGACAAUCUCACGGGAGUGUUGUGAUGAUCAAAUGAGUUUGGUCAAUGGUAAAGCACCCUAAAUAUGUCAGGUAUUUUCAAAUAUAUACUCUAUUCAAAAAACUCUAAAAUGGAGACUAAAGUCUGCUAGUCUUCAGUUGGCCUCUUCCUCAGCUAUGAGUUCCUAGAAAUAUUUCUAAAACCUUUUUGCUGUAGCAUUAUCAAGCUAAAUACUAAUACCUUCCCUUUGCAAAAUUAUCUUACAUGAAUCAAUACCCCAAGGAACGGCUAAUAAUGGCCAAUUGGUAGGUAGCCCCCUCAUUUUUAAAGUCAAAUAAUAAGACCAUUUUGCUUUAUCAUCAUCGGAAAAGGAUUAUGAUCACAAAGGAAAAUGAGAAUCUUCCAUCCACACAUAAUGGAGAACUUUUAGGGAAUUCUCUUGCCAGUGCUCUUCCUUCCAGUCAUUCAGCCGCACCAAAGGGAUAUAUAUAGCUGUUAGUAAUCAUUUUAUAUUAAGGACUUCCUAUCAUACACUCCAUUAAGUGCCUUGGAUAAAGAUAUUGGCAAAAACAGAGUUUCUUCCCUCAAGGAGCUCAUGUUAUAGGAAAUAACAUCCCAACAGUUACGUAUGUAGAACAUAAGCAGGAUAAUUGAAAGUUAAUCUCAGAGGGAGGGAAAGGAAGGUGGCAGGGCACCUUCCUUAAAAAGUGGAAUUUGAGUUUAGUAUUGAAGGAAGCUAUGGAAGUCAGAAGGUGCAAGUAAGAGGGGGGGAACAUUCCAGAAAUGGGGUGCCUUUUUACUGGCAAGUAGCACAGAGUAGGGGGACAGAGUUUUGGG